AUGAUGGUGUUGUCGGUGUUGCGUUACAGGUGCGUGAUGGUGCUGCGUCACGGUGUGGCGGCUAGGGUGGCCUCGCGGCAACACCGAUCUGCUAUAGUUACUGCUGUCUCUGCCAAUGUGAAUUCUGUUCCGAUCCUCAAUGGAACAAAUUUUAAGGAUUGGAAGGAGAACAUUGAAAUUAUUCUUGGCUGCAUGGAUCUGGAUCUUACAUUAAGGAUUAAGCAACCCCCUACUCCUACGGCGACUAGUACUCCUAAAGAGAUGAGGGAUCAUGAGAAGUGGGAUCGCUCAAACCGCAUGAGCAUAAUGAUCAUUAGGCGCGGCAUCCCAGAGGUGUUUAGGGGCACUGUUUCUAAAGAUAUUACAACUGCCAAAGAAUUCCUUGCUGAGAUUGAGAAGCACUUUGCAAAAGCGAUAAGGUGGAGGCAAGCACUAAAGCUUGAAACCUCAGAAGACUUACUCAUUCAUUUGGUGUUGAUUUCUCUUCCUGCACAGUUUAAUCAGUUUAAAGUAUCUUAUAACUAUCAAAAGGAUAAAUGGUCUCUUAAUGAGCUCAUUUCAUAUUGUGUGCAAGAAGAGGAAAGACAAAAGCAAGACAAGACAGAAAGUGCUCAUUUUGCAAGCACCUCAAAGGCUAAGGGCAAAAGAAAGAGAUUGGAAGAUCCCAAGAAGGAAGCUGCUAAGGGUCCAUAA